AUGGUGACGGUCGGCAAGUCGCACCCGGGCGCUGACCCCGUUCACACUCUCCCCACCUCACCCGAUCCGGUCGGCUCCAACUCCCCGCCAUCGAAGCGAGAUUUAGCUUCAUGGUGGAAGCAGUUCAAACGAAGCACCAGAAAAGACGAAUUGAAAGAGGAGGCACCCCGCGGCAUCUUCGGGAUUCCGCUCAAUGUCAGCAUCAAGUAUGCUAAUGUGGCAAUCUCCUUAACCAACGAUCAUGGCGAGAGCUUCAUUUAUGGAUACGUGCCUAUUGUUGUUGCAAAGUGUGGAGUUUUCCUAAAAGAAAAGGCAACGGAUGUGGAGGGCAUAUUUCGUCUUAACGGGUCAGCCAAACGUAUUAAAGACCUGCAGGAGGUCUUCGAUUCCCCCGAGCGAUAUGGCAAAGGACUCGACUGGUCCGGCUACACCGUCCACGAUGCAGCAAACGUACUUCGCCGAUACCUAAACCAGCUUCCCGAACCCAUCGUGCCAUUGGAGUUUUAUGAGCGCUUCCGUGAACCUCUGCGUAUCUACCAGCGACAAGUCCUAGAAGGAAAGGACACAAACGAUGCCGAUAAGUUCGACCAUGCAAAGGCUGUCGAGACAUACCAGAACCUCAUCAUCGAGCUGCCCCCAUUGAACAAGCAGCUGCUCCUCUAUAUCCUCGAUCUUCUCGCGGUUUUCGCCUCAAAGUCCGAUCAGAAUCGCAUGCCGUCGGCCAAUCUGUCUGCGAUCUUUCAACCGGGCAUGCUGUCUCACCCCCAGCAUGAUAUGUCACCGGAGGAAUACAAAUUGAGUCAGGAUGUGUUGAUCUUCUUGAUCGAGAAUCAGGAUCACUUCCUGUUCGGAAUGAGCGGCACGGCUGCCGAUGAGCAGACCAUGAAAGAGGUCGAGGCAGGGAUUCCACGACCCGCAACUCACCCGACCGUUCGACGAUCGGUAUCCAACGCCAGUGCGAACACGGAAAGCCAUCGCAAGUUGGACAGUAUCCGACGAAAUGUUUCCGUUUCAUCGCGCAACUCCCGCCAUUCUAACAACGCUCAAAGCCCUGUAACUCCCACCUCAACCACCGGCGGCGGCGGUGGUGGUGUCCACCGAAGCAACACUCUGCCCUCAAAGAUGGGUCCAGUCUUGACCUCUGCCCGUUAUGCACGAGCCAACGACGCUGGAUCGAACAAUCCUUCCGGCCUAUCUGUUUCUCAUCAGAGUUCUCGAUCGACUAGUCGAACGCCGUCAGUGCGCGAAGAGCCCGAGCAGCCCCCGCCGAUCCCUGAGUCGAUUUCUCAUCCGGCCCCUCAACCAGUCCCUGAACCGACUUCCGAGCAACGUCCUGAGCAGCGGACCCCUGGUCAAUCGACGGCCUCGUUGACUCCAGGCAACAUCUAUGUGCACACGUCAACCCAUGGCCCAUUGCCUCCGGCCACUGCUGAGCGUCUUAGCCUCAGCGAAAUUGCCAGGCCGCAAGAAAAUAUCAACACCGCGGUCGCCUCACCCCCGGUCGCCCCACCCCCACAUGUUGUCACCCCGAGCCGUGAGCGCAAACUUUCAAAUUUCUUCACGAAGUCACCACCCACUGAUAGUGAACUGAGAGAACCCCGUCAGCCGAAUCGCUUGAAGAAGAAGCGCAUUCCUGGUAGUGCAAGCAUAAGCGCACAAAGCUCGGCUAAUUCACUCCAUGCCUUGAGUGUAGAUCCUAGUGCGGAUCUCGAACCUAAGCACGAAACCCGAUCUGCGGAAGCUGUUGUUGGUGACACCACUCCCAGACCACCAAACGCUGCCACACUCGGCAACCGAGAGAACCCUUUCGACUCGAACUCGGCUCUCGUAGAGGGUACUUCGCAACCUCACACUGACCACACUUUGCGACCUCACAAGUCGCGCACGCCCUCCAUGAACUCGCGUUCAUCAUUCACUGAUCACUCUGAUAUGGAUCAGCCUGAAGAUGUCGCUCGCAGCGAAAAUCGUCGUAGUUGGCGGUUCCAUCGGUCCUCCAAACGCACCGGUGAACAACUCGGACUAGGUUUCGCGUCUCCACCCCUAGUAGCGACGAAUCCCCGAGCUGAGCAAAGCACCAGUUCAUUCGGUAGCGGUCACUAUCAAAGCACGGACCUCUCUAAUCACCCACUGAGCUUGGAUGCUGGCAUUCAAGGCACCACUUCCUCCAUAGGAUCAGAGCCCGAGAAGAAGAGUUUGUUCGGAAAGUUCAAGGCCAAGGUCGCUCAAGUUCGGGAUGGAGUUAAGGAUGAUCGUGAGCGCACAAUGAGCCCCACCCGGUCAGAGCAUGACCCUUCCCCCACCAACCAGCCUCUUGCUCCCAUUACUACGGAGCCGACAAAUGGCAAUCCUGUCUCAGUCGAAGUCCCACGUGAACAGCCCAAGGAAGAGCAUAUGCGUUCGCCUGUGUCUCCCUUGCCUGGCGCUGGUUUUCCUCCAUCUAUUCCCGAAGAGCCGCAUAGCCCCGAGGCGACUGUGGCUGUGCCUGUCGAACAGAAGGAGUCUGCUCAGCUGCCCGCAACCGAGUCCAUGUUGGCACCAGAGCCAACAGUGUCCCAAGAAACCCCGAAAGAGACCGCAGGACCGCCCACCUCGGCUGCUUGA